CCAAACUGCAACACCAGCUUCUCAUCCCAAAAAUUCCACAAAAACCUUGGAAAGAAUCAAGAACAGUAACCAUAAUAAAAAGCUAAAUAGGAAAAAACAAGAUCCACCUCGAACAACCCCACCCCACAGGCAAAUACAAUCAAAAUCACCAUAAUUGCACCCCCCCCCCCCAAACUGCAACACCAGCUUCUCAUCCCAAAAAUUCCACAAAAACCUUGGAAAGAAUCAAGAACAGUAACCAUAAUAAAAAGCUAAAUAGGAAAAAACAAGAUCCGCCUCGAACAACCCCACCCCACAGGCAAAUACAAUCAAAAUCACCAUAAUUGCAAAUUUGGAAAGUCACCUCAAGUCUUCCUCAAAGCUUUUCUAGGGGAGAGAGUGAGAGAGAGGAGACCAGAAAAAGACAAAAAAAUCCAUCUCAGAACCAAAAAAAAAAAGAAUCUUUCCGUAAAAGUUUACUUCUUUUUAUCUUUAUUACCUAUGGUCUUCAGUUCAUUUUUGACAAUUAGUCCAUGAAUCCUAAUUUCUAAGAAACCCCGGAAAAGAAAAAAACUUCGGAGCCAUUUCAGAAAAAUCACCAGUUCAUCACAAACCCAGUCUCUCAAAAAUACUGCUUUUCUUGGUCCAUCAAUCUGAAUUCUCAAAAAGGAGACAAAUUUCCAUGAAAAAUUUGCAACCCCAUCUUAUAAAAAUCUUAUCUUUUUCUGGUUUCAUCUUGGUUUUCAGCUCAAUUGUCAGUUGGUUAAUCAAUCUUGAAGUACCAAAAAGAACAGAAAUUUCCCAAAAAAAAUCCAAGAUUUUGUAAGGGGAAAUGAAAGAAGAAGAUUCCAAUUGGUUUACUAAAUGGGAAGAAGAAUUGCCUUCUCCAAAGGAACUAAUCCCUUUAUCCCAAACCUUAAUUACUCCUAAUCUAGCCAUAGCUUUUGAUAUUCAAAACCCCAAUACCCCAAAUCCUAAAAUAUUACCACUAGUUCAUACUCCUUCAUCAGCGGAGUUCGAGUCGAACUCAGCUGAGUUGGGUGGCACGGCCGGUUCAUCAGGGAUUGGUGAUGAACCUGCCCGCACCCUAAAAAGGCCUAGGCUUGUGUGGACCCCACAGCUCCAUAAGAGGUUUGUGGAUGCAGUUGCACAAUUAGGGAUCAAGAAUGCUGUUCCCAAGACUAUUAUGCAGUUGAUGAGUGUAGAUGGCUUAACUCGUGAGAACGUUGCCAGUCAUUUGCAAAAAUAUAGACUUUAUUUGAAACGUAUGCAGGGUCUUUCUAGUAGUGGCAGUGUUUCCGGGGCAGGGGUGGAUCCCGCAACAGAUCAUCUGUUUGCGAGUUCACCCGUGCCAGCACAUUUUUUGCAUCCAGGGAGGGGAAAUUCUGAACAUUAUAUGCCAUUUGUGCCAAUGGCUGCAGUUGUUGGACAUGUUCCACAACUUCAACAGCAGUAUAGGCAUUUCGUGUCACCGCCCAACAGGCAAUUCGAGGUUCCAUUCUUGCCUCGGCAGUCGCAGCAUCCGGUUCAGAGAAUGGGGACAUCAGUGCAUAGUAGUAGUAGUCCUGUGUUGCCUUCUUAUGUUGAGGAGUUGGAAUCAGCUACAACUGAUAAUGGGAGGAAUGUUCUUACUUUGUUUCCAACUGGGGAUGAUUGACAUUCGGAGAGUUGAUUUCUUAGAUGGUCACUCGUAACUCUUAACUGUUAACUUCUUCUGUCAAUUUGGCUUAUGGAUAGUUCUGGAGACUGUUUUCGGAAUAAUACCUUUUGUUGGACAGGCUACGAGUGACGAAUAAUGACUGAGAUGUCAAUGUGGGAGCAUUGAUGUAGUAAUUGGCCUCAGAGUUAGCAGUAACAACAUUCUCUAAGAAAAUCUGAUCUAUUCCCUGGUUGCAUAAGAAGCGCACGACUUUCUGAAGAUUUAGUAUUUCUUGUUGAUGUAAGUUGUUGUUUGUGAAGAUAUCAUAACAGCAAUCACAAAUGAAACUAGGUUGAUCAGAUGAAUACCAAAUAGUUGUCGAUAACAGGCCAACAGCCAUGGAAAUGAUGAUGCAACUACGUUCAUUGGCUAUGUUUCACGAGCUUGUUGUGUCAUGUAUAGGUAAAUCCAGCUUGUUGUAAAUUGAGUGGUCUCAUUGAAGACAUAAACACUUCGUUUGUUAAUCUCUCCGGAGAGAGUAAUGAUUCUGAUGAUAAUGUUACUCCAUUGUUUAUGUCUCA